AUGCGUGCUAGCUCUUUCCUGCAGCAGCAGGCCUCGUCUGCGGCAUUGCAGCCGCUCCGCUCCAUUGUGGCCAUCGGGCUGCGUCAAGAAUUUGAACCGCAGUGGCCACUUCCGCUUCCGCCGCCGCUGCCGGCGAACAAGCAGAAGCACACGCUGGUGUUGGACAUUGACGAAACACUUAUACACACGUAUGGCAUGAGCCGUCAUGACGACAGCAACGAGAACUCCCGAGAUCCAGCGGUACCGGGCGUCAUCCCCCUCGUCGAUUACUAUGUGCUGCUUCGCCCCCAUCUGAAAGAGUUCCUGGAUGAGAUGAACCAGCUGUUCGAGGUGAUUUUUUGGACGGCAGGAACCGCAUCGUACUGCUGCGCCGUGCUUGACGCGCUCGAGCAGCAGGUGAUGCAACUGCCGCGCUCCUUUUAUAGUUAUGUGGAGCUAGCUAAGGAAAGCCACAAGAUGAAAAGCAGCACAAGUCACACAAACUUCUACGCCCUUUCACGCACGCAGACGCUCGAACACCAAGGGUACAUGAAGUACCUUCCCAUGCUGGGGCGGAAGAUGUCCAGCAUCGUUAUGGUCGACGACAACGUGCGCAGCUUCCCACUCACGCCACGCAACGGCAUUCGCAUUGACGCCUUCGACCCUGACGACAGUGUGUUACAGCGCUACAUGAUCGCCCUGCGCCGGACCCAGGAGGAGAAGCCGCAGGAGAUGGAGGAGGAGUUGGUGCAGUGCCUGCAACAAGGACAGCAAGAGAUUGCCCGUCUGGAGAAGGAUCGUGCCUUACUGGAUGUACUGCCGGUGCUGCGUGCUGCAGCGCAGGUGCCCGCCGGCCAGGACGUGACGAAGGAGCUGGACCACUGGCGCGACCUCGAUUACGUCCGCUGCGACGACUUCAUGGAAACGAUGAAUGUGCGCUCUGUGGUGCGGCAGCAGAUUCUUGGCGUGACGCUCCCAAUGCGGCACAAUACUCCGAUUCCGAUGCAGAAGCUGAGCUUUAUGAACAGCGGCUUUGUGGAGUCAGCGAAUGCGGAGAUGACGCUGCACCACGCUCGUGCUGCUCGUUCCUCCAAGCUUUAG